AUGGCCUUUAGUUUUGGACUUUCAGUUGUGUUGUUCCUCUUCGGGAUUUUCCAGAAUGGCUAUUGCAUCCGUUGCUACGAAUGCGUUGCUCGCUUAGGACCUGGAGAAAUAAGUGCCUGUCUUCACGGGGACGAGUCCCAGUUAAAAAGAGUGCACUGUAUAGGUCCGUCUGUAUGUGCCGCCUAUCACUACCAAAGCGUUAUUCCUGGUACCCCGACUAUCAACCACAUCACCCGAGGUUGCCAAGCCCUGCGAUACGGAGCCACCUGCGAAGAUAUCUUCAAUGAAUUGAGGAUGAAGAAUGAGAUCCUGCCGGGGCAACAUACUUGCACGACGUGUAGUACAGAUCUCUGUAAUUCAGCAGAUAAGAUCAAUGCAGUUCCAUUAGUUGUAGCUUUAGUUUUAGCUUUUCUAAGUUGGCUCUUACUUUUAUAAAAGAAAAAAGUAGUAAUUGAAA